AUGUCGGCAGCAAUGGAUAUCAGUGUUGUAGGGCUCGGCCCUUAUCCCGCCGUCGAUCGACAAGUAACAGCAGGCAAGCCCGGCACCUUUUGGGAUGGCACCAUUGCAGCAGAAGUGUGUCUGUGA